AAUACCGCCAGAUACCCAAAAAAAAUAAAAAGAAAACUAACUAGAAGCAGGUAUUACACUUCCACGUACAACGUACACCCAAGCAAGAACACAAGCAGCAGCAGCUCAACUAAGUGUGCUGUGUGCUUCACUCGUGCGAGGUUCGAAAUGGGUUCUUCAGUUGGAGGAAGCAACAGCAACAACGCAGGCGUGGAGUGGCACGUGCGCCCUUCCAACCCUAAGAACCCCAUCGUUUUUUUCGAUGUCACCAUCGGUAACAUACCUGCUGGCAGGAUCAAGAUGGAGCUCUUCGCUGAUAUUGCCCCCAAAACCGCUGAGAAUUUCAGGCAGUUCUGCACUGGGGAGUACAGGAAAGCAGGACUACCUGUCGGCUACAAGGGUAGUCAAUUUCAUAGAGUUAUUAAGGAUUUUAUGAUUCAGGCUGGUGAUUUCGUUAAGGGUGAUGGCAGUGGAUGUGUCUCUAUCUAUGGACACAAGUUUGAUGAUGAAAAUUUUAUUGCCAAGCAUACUGGCCCUGGUCUUCUUUCAAUGGCAAACAGUGGAGUUAACACCAAUGGUUGUCAGUUCUUCAUAACUUGUUCAAAAUGUGACUGGCUUGACAACAAGCAUGUGGUUUUUGGGAGAGUGCUUGGAGAUGGUCUUUUGGUUGUCCGGAAGAUCGAGAAUGUCGCAACUGGACCCAAUAACCGGCCGAAAUUAGCUUGUGUCAUUGCUGAAUGUGGUGAAAUGUAAAUUUCAUGCAAAUUCUCUUUUUGACUCAGAACAGAACAAGUAACUUCUCUAACAAACGAUGGUGCUGCUUUGGUUGAAUCCUCUGUAGCAACUAUCAAUCACUAUACAGAAUGAGGCCUUGUAUGCAAACUAUCUUUGUGAACAUUGAAACUAAAUAUUAUUGUAAUAUUGGAAAAUUUAUCGCUGGAUUGUUGAAUGAUGCAACUGGGUAGUUUUCCUCGGUUGCUAAAUGGAGAUACCAAUCAAACCAUUCUUAGUCA